AUGAGCGGCAUUCGUACCCCCAUAUCAACACCAGCAGCGACUGCUCAACCAGCAUCCACCGAGAUACCCGCUCCCUUGAUCCCUUUACUAUCAUCCCUCACGUCCAUCAUCUACACCAUCGAACACCUGUUCAACAAGAUCCCCGGAUCACCUAUCAUUGUCAGAUAUAUCAAAUCGAGUUAUCAGGAUGACCCGUGGAGAUCGGUUCUCGAGCUGUUCUUGUUGGCUUUCGCUAUCAGGACGGUAUUGAAGGGAAGGACGAGGGGUGAAGGGGAAGGGAAGAGUUUUAUCAAACUGACUGAAAAGGAAAUCGACGAGCUGGUGGAUGAGUUCAACCCACUCCCUUUGGCCGACGACCCAACCCCGGCGGAUAGCUUCACUCUCGAUACAGUACCAAUCAUCUACGGUCCUAAUGGAAUCAAAGUCAAGACCGCUGCUAAUGGUAAGACUCUACUCAAUUUGGCUACUCCCAAUUGGCAUGGAUUCAUCGAAAACGACAAGAUGAAGCAAGUUGCCAUCGAGACGUUGGGUCAAUACGGUGUAGGUACUUGUGGACCUAGUGGAUUUUACGGUACCAUUGACGUCCACGUGAAAGCGGAAGCCGACAUCGCCUCUUUCAUAGGCACCGAAGCGUCAAUCAUCUAUUCCCAAGCUUUUGCACUGGUCUCAUCGGCUAUCCCAGCAUUUGCUAAAAGAGGAGAUAUCAUCGUAGCGGACCGAGGUGUGAAUUUCGGUAUACACAAAGGUCUACAGAUUUCUAGGUCCAAUAUCAAAUGGUAUGCUCAUGGAGAUAUGAAAGAUCUAGAAAGGGUGUUGCAAUCUGUUGAAAGGGAAAGGAAAAGAAAGGGAGGAAGAUUGACGAAGAAAUUCAUUGUUGCUGAAGGGAUAUUUGAGAAUGAUGGAAUGCUGUUGGAUCUACCGAAGGUGAUCGAGCUGAAAAAGAAAUACAAAUACCGACUCAUCCUGGACGAAUGUCAAUCUUUCGGUAUGAUGGGUGCCCACGGUAGAGGUAUUACCGAACACUUUGGUAUCCCUGCUACCGAAGUUGAUAUGAUACUCGGGUCCAUGGCGAAUGGUCUAGCUACCGGAGGCGGGUUCUGUGCUGGUUCGCAGGUGGUCUGUCAACACCAGCGAAUCAAUUCUUCCGCAUCGGUAUUCUCGGCCUCCCUCCCAGCAAUGCUCGCAACCUGCGCCAGCGCUGCUAUCGAUAUUCUCAAGACCCAACCUAACUUAAUGACAUCCUUGCAAGCCAAUAUAACGAUAUUCAGGCAACAAUUAUCCAAACUCGAAGCGGGUGGACCAGGAUCGGAACAAAAAUUAAUAUCGAUCCCAUCCGAUAUGAAUUCAGGAUUGAUACAUAUCUUCUUGUUAGACCCGCCAGAAUCGUUGGAAGAUGAAGAAUUGCUCUUACAGGAUAUAGUCGAUGAAGUUUCCAAUACAUCCAAUUUGUUGAUCACACGAUCUAGACGAUUAAGAUCUCAAGAAGUAUUCGAACCUGAACCGUCACUCAAGAUAUGUGUUUCGGGAUACAUGUCGAAGAAGGAUGUGGAAAGUGCUGGAAAAGGAUUGAAGGCUGCUAUAGUCAAAAUCUGCGGGAGUGAGUAG